UUCCCCCUCCCUAAAACGAAGCAAGGCCGAAACCACUUCCCCCCCUCCCUCCCCAAAAAAACAAUUUAAUGAUUGUUUUUAUGGCCACCAUCCCAACCCACAAAGUCAGAGAACUUCACCCUCUAACCAUCACCCACGGCGCACGUUAGUAUUAUCUCUUCCGUCAUAGCGGUGGUCUCAUCCAUCUAGAUCUCAAAAUCAGCCGCACACCCCUCCCCCACUCUUUUAGCACCCCACCACCACUACCCAUUCAAUAUGUCACCAAACCCUUCUUCCACCACCUUCUCUUCUUUCUUUUCGUCUCCUCCUAAACCACCACCACCUUUUUAUUUCCUUCUCUUGCUAACUUGCGCCGCCUACCUUAUCCUUCGCGCACGCCUUUUAAAAAAACCUGACCGUCUUCACCGCCACCACCUUCUUUACUAUUUCUUAACCCUAAUAUCCUCCCACGGCCACCAUUGUUUACCUAAAUCCAAUGUCGGCUCCGCCAUCACCAACCAUUCAAAACCCUACUCCUCCUCCUCCUCCUCCAAAUCCUUCACCAACGCCGACUCAGUCAUCACCGCCUAAACCUCAAAUCACACCACCAGCUUCCACCUCUGUUCCGGGUAUUGUCACCAUCGCCGCCGAUGGUUCCGCCGUCGCCGCCGCGGUUACCACCACUGCCGCACCCUCCACCAACCCACGACGUCUUCCUCCACCGUGCUGGUCCCACGACGAGACCGUGGCCCUCAUCGAUGCGUACCGCGAUAAGUGGUAUACCCUGAGGCGUGGGAAUCUCAAGGCUACGCACUGGCAAGAGGUUGCCGAUGCCGUCGCCCGCCGUUGCCCCGCGGCUUCCCCGCCUAAGACUGCCGUGCAGUGUCGUCACAAGAUGGAGAAGCUCCGAAAGAGGUACCGUGCUGAGAUCCAGCGAGCCAGAUCUAUGCCGAUAUCCCGUUUUUCUUCCUCCUGGGUGCACUUCAAGCGCAUGGAUGCCAUGGAGAAAGGACCGUCUGCGAAGCCUGAUUACAAUUCGGAUAGUCCAGAUGAAGAUAAUGAUGAAGACGAGGAAGAUGAUCUAGAUCAGGAUUUGUAUGAUGAUAUGUACAAAAAUGGUGGUGGUGUUGUUAACACUAGGAGCAUGCAAAGGUUGUAUAAUCGGAAUGGGAUUGUUGGUGGUGGGGGUAGUAGUAGUAGUGGAGGUACUGGGUUUAGAAUUAGAAUACCUACAGGUGUAAGUAUAGCCCAACCUGGGCCAAGAUUUUACGGGAAGAUUGAUCAGAAAUACGCUGGUAUCUCUAAUUCGAAUGCUAAUUCUAGCCCUAACUCAAAUCCUAAGGUGGGAUUCGGGGCUGGAUCCAAUUAUGCCACGAAAGUUUUGAGGGGUUGCGAGGAGAUGGGGAGAUCGGGACUAGGAGGGAAAAGGGAGAGAGAGAAGGAGAGUGAUCCAAUGACGGAGAUGGUAGGUGCAAUAAAGUUGCUAGGAGAUGGGUUUGUUAGGAUGGAGCAGAUGAAGAUGGAGAUGGCAAGGGAGAUGGAGGCGAUGAGGAUGGAAAUGGAGAUGAAGAGGACUGAAAUGAUAUUAGAAUCUCAGCAGCGGAUUGUGGAGGCCUUUGCUAAGGCCUUCUCCGAGAAGAGGAAGAAACCAAAAAGAAUGCCAUCACCGGAUUCUUAGAAAUGGAUUGAGAAAUGAGAUUGGGGGAGAGGUGGAUAUGUAAGUUUACUAAUGCUAGUUUUAAUUUUUGUAGGUUUAGUUUCUUUCUGAGGACUCUGGACCUAGAAUUAGCUGUAAUUGCCUGUUUCAGUGUUUUGCCUUCUGAUUUUUACUUUCAUCCUUUUCAACUCUAUAUUUGUUUAUUUGUAGAUUUGCUGUCUGUUUGAGACAGGGCAUAUAUCUUCUUUUGUUCUCA